AUGGAAGACUCAGUGCCUGACUCCCCUGUGAACGACAAAAAAGUCGUUCCCGGUACUCCAACCAAAGAGGAUACGCAAUAUGAGACGGUCGCCACCGUUCCUGUUACUCACCACCAAGCGGUGGCCACUCAAUCGCUGACCCCGGCCUCUCAGCGCUUCACGCAACCGACCCAGCUGGUUGACAAUCCGUACACUGCGAAGGGCACCUCCGUGGUACAAGUGGCCGCCUCUUCCCCGCUAGGUCCUACCUCUUCCCCCUCCCGUCCGACCCCGAACGCUGGCCGUCUCUCCAACCUGAUGGCCCCCAGCGGCACGAUGUUCCGGCCACCGGUCUCUGCAGGCCCGGCGAAGCGUGCCCCGGUCAUCGAUCUCGAAGAUGACGGCCCCACGUAUCGAGGCGGGUCCUCUGACGAGGAUGUUCCGAACCUACAAAACCCCGACAUCAAACCAGCCAUGUUCACCAAAUCCUCGCGCAGUCCGGAUAAGGUCGCGGACUCGCCGAUCGACCGCUUCAAGGAGAUCACCACCAGCGCUAUCUACAACCCUGCGAAACGCCCCGCCGCGCAGAUGGACCCCACACCGAAAGGGAUGGCCGUCAAGAAAGUUCGACAGGAUGGCCCUUCGCGCGCCCAGCCCGUCGACGGGCAGUACUCGCUCGACAGUAUCGAGGACUAUAAUAUCAAGAUCAAGGUGCAAAGAAUGCUCAAAAUCAUGCCGCAGAAGUCCGUCCAGUCCUGCGUGCAAGCGCUCGUAGCGAAGCGCGGAAACUACGAGGACGCGCUGGAUCUCCUGGCCAGUGCGGAAGGAAAGGAUGGCUCAUCUGAGGACGAACUGUCCAUGUCGCGCCAGUCGAAUGCGGCCCCGGCGGCGAAGCAGCAGAUCAAGGCGAGAGGGACCAUCCAGGACAAAUGGUCCGCGGCGAACCUGCAGAGGACGCUCGCCGCGCAGAAGCCGGCGGCGGCGGCACAGGCGGAGGACGAUGAGGCCAAACCGCGCAGACGACUAAUGAGGGGGCCCAAAACCCGGGUUUCAUCUCCGAGCCCCGUGCGCUCGGAGUCUCGUCCCCAGUCCCGCCCGGAACCUGAUGCGGAAACCCCUCCCAAGAAACCGGGUCGUUUGGUGCAGGGGCGCAGACCGGAAACUCCCCGGCGCUCGGAGUCUCCAGAAGCCAUAAUUAUCGACGAUGACUCCGACUCGGACGUCGAGGAAGCGGUUGGCGAUAUACAAUUCGAUCUCAAAUUACUGAAAUUUUUCAACACAUGCAGCGUCUUGGACCUGGCGGAUAUUGCUGCUAUUACUGAGGAAGUGGCACAGCAUGUAAUUUCGCACCGGCCAUUUAGAUCUCUGGACGAGGUCCGCGCCGUGCCUGCCCCGGUGAAGGAAGACACGAAGCCGAAGGGGGCCCGCGGUCGCAAAACGCCCAAGCCAAUUGGCGACAAGAUCGUGGAUAAAUGUGUUGAUAUGUGGGUGGGCUACGAUGCCGUCGAUUCUCUCGUCGCGCGCUGCGAAGCGCUAGGCAAACCGAUUGCAGCGGAAAUGAAAAAAUGGGGAGUGGAUAUCUUCGGGAAGAAAGACGGAGAGUUGGAGCUGGUAUCCAUCGAUCCUAGGGAUUCUCAGUCGCAUGACUCCGGCAUAGGAACCCCAGCAAGCCAACCCUCGGAUGAGGAUAGUGACGGGCCCGCGCCCGGUGGGGUGGCGCCCGCACGCAAAGGACGAUUCAUCUCCCAGCCUUCAAUCAUGCGAGAUGACUUGAAGAUGAAGAACUAUCAAAUUGUGGGUAUUAACUGGCUCUCAUUACUGUUCGAACACGAGUUGAGUUGCAUCUUGGCCGAUGAUAUGGGUCUGGGAAAGACCUGUCAAGUCAUUGCCUUCUUGGCUCAUCUUUAUGAGAAGGGAUUCAAGGGGCCACAUCUCAUUGUCGUACCUGCAUCUACCAUUGAGAAUUGGCUGCGUGAAUUUCAGAAGUUUUGCCCUACCCUCUCUGUCAUGCCUUAUUAUGCCGGCCAGGCUGAGCGUGCGGAGAUCCGGGAGACGAUUGAGGAUAACAGAGACAGCAUCAACGUUGUCAUCACCACUUAUACCAUUGCGAAGGGCAAGGUUGAUGCGCACUUCCUUCGCAAUAUGGACUUUUGCGUUUGUGUUUAUGACGAGGGACACAUGUUGAAGAGCAGUACCUCGGUGCUAUACGAGAAGUUGAUCCGCAUCCCGGCACGUUUCAGACUUCUAUUGACGGGUACACCGUUACAGAACAACCUACAAGAGCUGGCUUCCUUAUUGGGAUUUAUUCUUCCCAAAGUGUUCCGAGAGCGCAAGGAUGAGCUCCAUCACAUCUUCGCGAACAAAGCGAAGACCGUCGACGAGUCACACUCCGCAUUGCUUUCCGCGCAGCGUAUUGAACGCGCGAAAUCGAUGCUGAAGCCUUUUGUGCUACGACGCAAGAAGCAUCAGGUCAUCGAUCUGCCUGCAAAGAUCUCCCAUGUCGAGUACUGCGAACUCAACGACGCGCAGCGACAAAUCUACGAGCAUGAACAGGAGGAAGUUCGGAAGCUGCUGGCGGAUCGCGCCGCGGGCAAGAAAACUGGCAACAAAUCCGCUAAUAUCCUCAUGAAACUCCGUCAAGCAGCCAUUCACCCAUUGCUGUACAGACGCCACUACACCGAUUCCAUUCUCAGCCGCAUGGCCAAGGCCUGCCUCAGAGAGGAACAGUUUUCCCAAUCCAACCCGGACAUUAUCUUCGAGGAACUUCAACCCUACAACGACUACGAAUGCCACUCAAUGUGCGUGAAAUACCCGGCACUAAGCCGGUUCGCCCUCAAGAACAACGAGUGGAUGGACUCGGGCAAGGUGGCCAAGCUCUGCGAGCUCCUCCGGCGCUUCCAGGAGAAGGGCGACCGGACACUCGUCUUUUCGCAGUUCACCAUGGUGAUGGACAUCCUGGAGGACGUGCUGGAGCACGAACAGCUCGGCUUCGUGCGCCUGGACGGCCGCACCAACGUCGAAGACCGGCAGUCGAUUCUCGAUGCAUUCCACGAGCGCACCGACAUCCCCGUCUUCCUCCUGUCGACCAAGGCCGGCGGCGCGGGCAUCAACCUGGCGUGUGCCAACAAGGUCAUCAUCUUCGACUCCAGCUUCAACCCGCAGGAAGACGUGCAGGCCGAGAACCGCGCCCACCGGGUCGGCCAGACCCGCGAGGUGGAGGUCAUCCGGCUUGUCACCAAGGACACCAUCGAGGAGCAGAUCUACGCGCUCGGCCAGACGAAGCUGGCCCUCGACCAGGCGGUGGCCGGGGAGGACGCCGCCGAAUCCAAGAAAGCGGAGGAUGCGGGCAUGAAGGCGGUCGAGAAUAUGGUUCUUGCGGAUAUGGAGCACCAGUCAUGA